AUGGACUCUACAAAGACCGGGAUUGUUGACAAAGUGAACGCAUUUGCCAACCACCGUCCGGAUUCUGAAUCUGGAUUGCAGAAACACACCGUAUCUGACAGAAUGGACCCCACGAGCGAGGAAACGAUUGCUGCUGCAAUCACGCAGUUGAACAGUCAUAAUGACCACGAUGCUCAUGUCACCACAGGCUUGGUGGCUGAAUCGCCAGACCACGACGCUGCUCUUGCAGAACAGCAUUUCAGAGACACAUAUGGGUUCGAUUUUCGGAAUUUCAGCGUAAAUCCUUGUCUGAGUCCGAACUUGGACUCAUCGGUCAGAAAUGACGGCGAUGUAGACCCUAAAACUGCAGCUCGUUUUGACAACUGGUUGCGUCUAUCACCGUUUGGAAUUUGGGUUACAAAAUACCCCACUUCCAAGCCUUACGCACAGUGCAAAUAUUCCCAGUGUCGCUUGCAGUUCAAGUUCGACGGUCAUGCAAAUACUUCUAAUAUCAUCAAACACAUGCGCAGGCGCCAUAAAGAAGAUUACGAGCUUUUCGUGUCACUGCUGGGACGUGAUCAGAAACAGAAAGGCACAACUUCAAGCCAUGGGAAUGCUUUUGAUCAACAAACUCAUAAUUCCUCUGCGCCCCGCAAGGCAUUCUCAUUACGCAAGGAACUUGCACCUUUGCUACAGAAUAAACAGUUUCCUCAAAAGCAACUGAAUGUUUUCAUCGAUUCGCUACUUCCGCUCAGUACCGCUAACUCUUUCGCUCAGUUUCUGAAAGCAUGCAAUUUCAGCAACGGCGAGUUUCUUCUGACCCCAGAUGAUAUGAUCUUGAAGCUUGACGAAUACUUCCAUGAAUUUGAAGCUCAGCUCAAAGAAACUCUACAAUCUAGCACGCUGGUGAAUCUUGUUCUCGACACAUGGACUUCACCUGAAAACAGAGUUUACCUCGCCUUAAUGGUUUCCUUUUGUCCCAACCUGGCGCUUGAGGAUCAAACAUUGAAAAGAGACUCCAUAACUUUAAAGUCAGGUCCUAACGUCCACGUCCUAGAUUUAUUGGAAAUCGGAAACGAGUCUACAAAUAUUCUGCCUAUCGUGCUUCAAACUCUUUCCGAUUAUGCGAUUCUUCACAAAAUCAGUAGCGUUACAUCGGAUUCUGGAUCAAACAUUUUGGUUGAUCUACAAGAUCAAUUAAGAAAAAGUCUGCAAGCGGAAGGCGAUAAAGAUUUGAUCGAGAUCAGGAGUUUCAGUCAUACUUUGGAAAAUGUCCUUGAGCUUUUGCUGCGUAUCUUCAGAGAAAACUACCCCAAACUUGUGGCCAAGAUUGAUGGUCUGUUUGUGGUUCUACAGAAAAAUGCUUAUUUGAAAAAACCAUUUCGAAAGUUCCUGAACGUUGCAACCCCAUCACGUUUAAAACCCGGACCAGUCUCACGGUACCGCUACUUACUGACAUUUUUGAAGUUUGAACAUGAGUUCAGUAGCUUCCGUUCUACUGGUGGACUUGAGAAAUUGAGUGGUUCAGCAGCGGAUGAAUUGAGAGUGUUCUCGUAUUCACCUGAAGAGAUUGCAGUUUUGAGAAUAUUCCUCAAGGCAAUAGGAAUUUUUGGUAAUUAUAUCAAGAUUUUGCAGGAUGACACUGUCGAUAUAUUGCCUAAUGCCAUCGACUACUACGUUCAAAUUGGACAAUACUUUCAAGCGUGUGACAGAAUUUUGAGCGGCAUCUAUGCGGAGCAAGAUGUUAUUUUUGUCGGGCUAAGAGAUGAAGAUCUUUUGACUAUUGACGAAAACACAAAGAACAAUCUUUUUACGAUUAUUUCAACGUGCAGCUCCUACUUUAAUCCGCAACUAGAGUGGACAUUGAAGCAGAGUGGAUACUGGGUCGCACAUAUUUUGCAGCCUCACAACAAGACCACCAAGCUGGCGGGAAGUUUUGAUGAUGUACGAUUCAAAGACGAGGUUUUGCAGAACGCUUCCGCUUACAUCGAUCACCACUUAAAAUCGCAAAGCGAUAAUUUUGUAGUUGAGCUGGAAGAGACAAGUGGUAACCGAGCCAUACGCUCGAAUCUCAAACGAGUUACAAAACCGGUAAGCACCAAAAGACGUUCUGAGUUAGACUUGGCUGACCAGGCUGCCGCGUUAGCAAAUUUUACGGAACACGAACUGGGUCUAGGAUCCGAGUGGGCUUUAUAUUUGGACGAGCCAACGGAGGAAACCACUGACGUUGUGAAGUACUGGGUUCGUAAUCAGAAAAAGUUUCCCAUGCUUGCCAAACUGGCACUGUCGUUGCACAACUGCAAACUUUCGAGCAGCAAAGUGGAGAAAUGGUUCAGGAUGGGACGCGAAGCGCUAAAUGCGUCGAUAUCGCAAGGAAGCAUGAGUUUGAAGCAGGCCGUUGUAUUACGAAACAGGCUUUUGAACUUUCAACCUGCACAUGUUCUAAACUUUGUAGAGUUCGUGGCAGCUGCACAGUGGGGAGCUGAUGAAAAUCGAACGCUGGGAGGUGCAGAUGAAGGCAGUAGUUAA